AGGUACGCAAGAAAGCUUUUCACCAUGGUGAGGGUAUAUGGAACUUCUCAAGAAAUGGAGAUUGAAGGAAACUACAAGGGGGCUCGCUAUACUGGCCUCGUCAAGGCUGUUUUGGUCAGCACAAUGGCCCUAGCUGCAGUUGUUGCAACCAUCUUCAUGUUCGGAGCAGAGACGCCUGUCUCGACCAAUAGCGUCAAAGUAGUGCCAAUGAACGGCUGGCAUCUUUCUGGGCGAGUCGCAAGGAGGGAGAUGCAGAAUUAUUUCAACAAGAGGGAUUUCAAGGACGAGGCGAAAAAUUUGGAAUCCUUCGUUUCUGAACAUCCGUUUUUCUCGAAUGUCCGCCGUGUACCCAUGCCGAGCCACGCUCGACAUUUUCGUGUUUUCGGAGCUCCUCAUUCGCAGUAUCGAAAUGGUCUUGGAUCCAAGAGAGUCCAUCACAGAACCACUCCUCAGGAUCAUGCGGAAGAGACUCGUAAGGUCUAACAUCUUGCUCUCCGUUGUAUCUUGUCCUCUACCGAUGUGCGCUGUCGCGUUCAUGCCGGCAUACGAGUACAAGUGAUGUAUCAGUAAGAGAAAGAAGCAUUCGAUUGUGGAAUCUGAUGCUUGUUGUACAAUAAAGGUCGAAUGCUUUG